AUGAAGUUGUUAAUAGGGCUUGCAAUUUUGUUUGGAAUGCUCACGGGAAUGUAUUCAAAUGAAUUGAAUGAAAGCAUUUUAAAAGAAAUUAAUUCAGACCAGUUAUACAUGAAGUCUAUUAUUGAUAUUGUCUUGGACCAAUAUUAUUACAUGUAUUAUCAUCAGGGAAGAAGAGGAGGUAAAGGAAGAUGGUCGAAUGGAAUAGGUGGUCUCCCAUCACCGAGAAUAGCUAAGAAACAUAUUAUCACUUUUGUCCAGAGUGAGCUUGAAGAAGAUUUGUUUGGAAGUAUUAGUUUGAAAUCGUAUAUAAGAUUCUGUACAAACAUGAUAAAUCAUUUCCCCAGAAUGCAUCAUGGAGUUGGAGGAGGUAUCUUAAUUGCAAUCCAUUCCUACCAGGAAGAAGAAUAUUCCAUAAUAAGAGGAUUUUGUACAGAAGCAGGUAUGAUGUAUUUUUUUAAAAAAGAAAUGGAAAGUUUGAUUCGAGAGUCUUCUAAGCCUAAUUCUCUGAUCCUUCCUUUAAAUAAAUCAAUGUUUGAUAAGUAUGAUGUUGGAGGUAAUUGGGAUGAUUUUGUAGAAAGCUGUGAAGAUCUAAUAAAAAACUAUAGAGAAAAAAACAUUAAGAGAGAUAGUUCUAGCAAAUGGUCUAGUAUUGAUUUUUCAGUCAUUUCUGAUUUCUGUGAAGAAGUCUCUGAUGAUAUUUAUCCAAACUUCAGUCAAAGCCAAAAAGAGUGGAGCCACAUUUAUGCUUUACAAAACUAUAUUAUCGAAAGAAAAGGAGAAAUUAGAGCUCCAAUUAUUGGUAUUCCUCCAAAAAAACCCGAAUAUUAUGUUGCUGGAAGGCAUCAAUCAUCAAUGUAUAGAAAGUGCCUAAGAGCAUUGUGGGAUAUGUUUCAGUAUGACGAUGAAGUUGACUUAAAGAUUGCAGGAGUAAAUCAAUAUGAAACACUUCGUAGCUUUUGUAACGCUGCCAAGAACUAUUAUACCAGGAAUGGUAGGAUUUCCGCAUCUCCAAUGAUUAACAUUGGGGAUCCUCCCAAAAAAAGAAAGUUACCUGUUGAUGAAGAUGGUCUAGUGAAGCAAAUUCUAAAAGAACAGAAGAAUAAGGAGCUUAAAGAAAAACUCAUAACUAUGGAAAUGAGAAAUAAAUUUGCAAAACUUCAGGAGGAAAAGAUCAAAAAGCGAAGAGAAAUUAGAAGGAAUAAAAGAUCAGAAAUUAAUCCAAGCAUUACUGACUUCCCCUUGGAGGGAGUUUUAUCACCUAUAGAGCUUCCUUCACCCGAAAAACACCAAGUUCCAAAAAAUGUUUUUAAUGAACUUCCUACCACAAGUUUCCAAGAGGACAGUUUAUUAGAACCACAACCAAUUCUUUCUACAAUUGAGAAAAACCCUGAAAGUGAAGAAGGGUUGGAUAACUUCGGAUUAGAAACUUUUAAUGAAGAGUUAAACAAACUGAUAUAA